CGGCAGAAAUAGGUGUGAACAACUCAUGUGGCGUGUCCUACUUCCCGGAGAUCAAUCAUUUGCAUUCACCGUCAGUGGAAAGUGGUAGAGUUCACACGAAAACGAUAACACCAGAUUGGAGACCAUGGUGUUCUCGGCUUGGCUGGACCUAAGGUCAAUCAAUCUGAUCAAUUUCCUGUUUGUGAAUCUUAUCGUCACGAUCGUGGUGCUGGGCGGUCUGCUGGCGACCAUUGAGAAGCACCUUCCCAUCGCCAUUCGACAGACGUUCCGGUACGGCAAGCAUGCGCUCAAGGGUACACCCGACCGGCUGGUGUCCCUGCUGGAAGUGCCCAAGGCGUGGUUCAAGCAUUUCUACGUAUUCGCUGGCCUCUGGUCAGCGGCCGGUUCCUACUUCAUGUUGCAAGCCUACCUGACGGGACGGCCUGCACCGGACUACGUGAUCCACUUUCUCGACACGAUGGCGACGAAUAGGCGCACGGUUCGCACGACACCGACGGAAACGAUGGUCGCGAUGACCCUCAUCACGAUGCAGUGCUUUCGGCGCUUCUACGAGACGUGGUUCGUGCAGGUGUUCUCCAGUAAGCUGAAGAUCAAUCUCUCGGCGUACCUGGUGGGCUACAUUCACUACUUUGGUACGAUCGUUGCGAUCCUGUCGCAAGCCGAAGGAUUCACCCGAGCCGGGCCCAUCACGUUACCCUCCGACCGGUACCGAUUCGAACCAAGCGCAGCGCUUGCACUUGCCAUCGGAGUGUUUUUCCACGCCUGGCUGCACCAGUACCGGGCGAACGUGAUACUCGCCAACCUGCGCAAAGAUAAGACGGGCAAGAUUGUCAGCCAGAAGCACUGUCUUCCGACCGGCGACUACUUUGAGGUGGUUUCGUCGCCACACAUGUUCUUCGAGAUCGUGAUGUACAUGGUGCUGUUCGCGGUGCUGCACAAGAACCCAACGAUGGUCUAUGUGCUGCUCUGGGUUAUCUCGAAUCAGGGGAUGAACGCGUGGCUCACCCACCAGUGGUACCGGGAAAACUUCCCCAACUACCCGACGACACGGCGUGCGCUAAUUCCGUACGUUUUCUAACAACGAGAGUCACGUAGUCUACGGAUGCGGUUCGCUUUUAAU